AUGGCAGGUGACAGAAGCAAAGCAUCCAAGCCAAACCAUAAGGCAUCUGCUAGCAUCACUUGCUCACAUUUCAUUGGCCGAAUCAAGUCAGAUGGCCACACCCAGGUGGUGCUCAUGAGCUGCUCUCAGCCACAAGCCUCAAGCCAGAGGACAGCCACCUGUUACUGAAGCAGAGCAGGGCCAGCUGGGAACCUGGAUGACCUCAUGGAGUGGAGCCCGACCUUCUGCGCUGGACUGUUGAGGAAAAACUGCAGAGAAAAUCUAAUGGAUGAAGAUGAGAAAGACAGGGCCAAGAGAGCAUCUCGAAACAAGUCUGAGAAGAAGCGUCGGGACCAGUUCAAUGUUCUCAUCAAAGAGCUCAGCUCCAUGCUCCCUGGCAACACACGGAAAAUGGACAAAACCACCGUGCUGGAAAAGGUCAUCGGAUUUCUGCAGAAACACAAUGAAGUCUCAGCACAAACGGAAAUCUGUGACAUUCAGCAGGACUGGAAGCCUUCCUUCCUCAGUAAUGAGGAAUUCACCCAGCUGAUGUUGGAGGCACUGGACGGCUUCAUCAUCGCGGUGGCGACGGGCGGCAGCAUCCUCUAUGUUUCUGACAGCAUCACGCCCCUCCUGGGGCAUUUGCCGUCGGAUGUCAUGGAUCAGAAUUUGUUAAAUUUCCUUCCAGAGCAAGAACAUUCAGAAGUUUAUAAAAUGCUUUCUUCCCAUAUGCUCCUGACGGAUUCCCCCUCCCCAGAAUACUUAAAAUCUGACAACGAUUUAGAAUUUUAUUGCCAUCUUCUCAGAGGCAGCUUGAACCCCAAGGAAUUUCCAACUUAUGAAUACAUAAAAUUUGUAGGAAAUUUUCGCGCUUACAACAAUGUGCCCAGCCCCUCCUGUAACGGCUUUGACAGCACCCUUUCCAGGCCUUGCCGAGUGUCGCUGGGAAAAGAGGUCUGCUUCAUCGCUACCGUUCGUCUGGCUACACCACAGUUCUUAAAGGAAAUGUGCAUAGUUGACGAACCUUUAGAGGAAUUCACUUCAAGGCACAGCUUGGAAUGGAAAUUUUUAUUUCUGGAUCACAGAGCCCCUCCAAUCAUAGGAUACCUGCCUUUUGAAGUUCUGGGAACCUCGGGCUAUGACUACUACCACGUCGAUGACCUGGAGCUCCUGGCCAGGUGCCACCAGCACUUGAUGCAGUUUGGCAAAGGGAAGUCAUGUUGCUACCGGUUUCUGACCAAAGGCCAGCAGUGGAUUUGGCUGCAGACCCAUUACUACAUCACCUACCACCAGUGGAACUCCAAGCCCGAGUUCAUCGUGUGCACACACUCGGUGGUCAGUUACGCGGAGGUCCGGGUGGAGAGGAGACAGGAGCUGGCCCUGGAGGACCCGCCGCUGGAGGCCGUCCACCCUUCAGCCCUCAAGGACAAGGGCUCCAGCCUGGAACCUCAGCAGAACUUCAGUGCCCUUGACAUGGGCACCUCGGGCCUUAACACCAGUCACUCACCAUCCGCGUCCUCAAGAAGUUCCCACAAAUCCUCCCACACGGCCAUGUCCGAGCCUGCCUCCAAUCCGAGCAAGCUGCGGGCAGAGGCCAGCACCACGGCUUUGCCAAGAUCAGCCCAGGAGCUCCCCGUGCCGGGACUCAGCCAGGCAGCCACGAUGCCGGCUCCCCUGCCGGCGCCUUCGUCCUGUGACCUGGCACAGCAGCUCCUGCCUCAGACCAUUUUGCAGAGCCCACCUGCCCCCAUGACACAGUUUUCAGCACAGCUCAGCAUGUUCCAGACCAUCAAAGACCAGCUGGAGCAGCGGACGCGGAUCCUGCAAGCCAACAUCCGGUGGCAGCAGGAAGAACUCCACAAGAUCCAGGAGCAGCUCUGCCUGGUCCAGGACUCCAACGUCCAGAUGUUUCUGCAGCAGCCAGCUGUGUCCCUGAGCUUCAGCGGCGCCCAGCGGCCUGAGGCUCAGCGGCAGCUCCAGCAGAGGCCGGGCCCAGGCCCCCAGCCCCAGCUUGCGGCCAGCCCUCAGCUUCCAGGGCAGAUAGCCUCUGCCCAGGUCACAAGCCAGCACUUGCUCAGAGAAUCCAGUGUGAUAUCAACCCAGGUAAAGGGUCCGAAGCCAAUGAGGAGCUCGCAGAUGGUGCAGGGAAGCGGCCCCGCGGGGACCAGCCUGACGCCGCCCUUCAGCAGCGCCACCGCCGCACUCCCGCCAGCUCUGAGCCUGACCACGCCUGCUUCCGCCUCCCAGGACGCCAGCCAGUGCCAUCCCAGCCCGGACUUCAGCCACGACCGGCAGCUCAGGCUACUGCUGAGUCAGCCCAUCCAGCCCAUGAUGCCGGGAUCCUGUGACGCGAGGCAGCCCUCAGAGGCCGGCAGGACUGGACGGCCAGUCAAAUAUGCACAGAGCCAGGCUGUGUUUCAAAACCCCGACGUGCACACCACCAGCAGCAGCGCCUCGACCCCCGUCCUGCUGAUGAGGCAGGCCGUGCUUCACCCCACCUUCCCCACGUCCCAGCCGUCGCCCCUGAAGCCCGCCCAGGCCCAGCAGCAGCCGCCGCACUUCCUGCAGGUGCAGGCGCCAACCUCUCUGCACAGCGAACAGCAGGACUCGCUCCUCCUCUCCACCUACUCGCAACAGCCGGGGACCCUGGGCUACCAGCCGCCCCCGCCCGCGCGCCCUCCCCGAAGGGUCGGCAGCCUGUCUGAGUCCUCAGGCCUCCAGCAGCCACCCCGGUAGUGUCAGUCGGGUCACAUCAGCUUUAACCAGUGGACGGACGAGGGGGAGGUGGCCACGGGGUUGGGGAGAGGAGUUGAAAGGACAGCCUGGGCUUUUGUGCAAACCGCGUGCAUUUCAGAGCUCCGAGACGGUGACCGUCUCCAAGCACAGCGGCCGGCAAGGGGGGAGUGAUCAGGAGCACUGGCCGUGUCUCCCUUGGCCCUGGCUUCGCGGCCACACUCCACAGCCAUACCUGGACGGGACCCGAGUGCCCCGUGGGAGCGCGUGACCCGGUUCCCCUUAGCGGUGGCACGUCUCCUGCGUCCGCCGCGAGCGCGCUGGUCCAGCCUCUGUGGCCCGUCUGUCUGCCCGUGCUCGUCGGCCUUCACUCUCUUCAUCCUCUUUCCUUUGCGUUUGAGAAGCACUGGGUUAGAAGAUCAGUUGAAGGGAGAGUAAAGAGAGGAUUUUCCAUGAUUUUUAAAUGAUUGUUUUUGUUUUAAUUUGCACAGCUGCACAAAGAGAUAACUUAGGCACUUUCCAUUUUUAAAACUAAGAAGGUCUCAGGACUUCAUUUGGAGACCGCAGUAACGAAAACAGCUCACCAAUCAGAUAGCAAAGCUGGUCUGUUAACUAGGCUGCAGCCCCACCCCCUCCGACUAAACCCCAGUGGAAUGAGGCUCUUCACCCCGCACCGUUCUGGUGAUUUUUGCCCCCUGAAUAUGACACUGGACUGCUCCUGUUUACUUCGGUGAUUGCAACUACAAAGGUGGACUCAGAGCAAAGCACAAUCACGCAGCCGACGUUCCCGAAUUCUGUUGAGGACUCAAGGACAGUAAAGGAGGGAGAUUUUUUAGAGCCAGACAGGUCUGUGGAUUCGGCAGGUCCCCCGAGAGCCCCCACCACGUGCUGGCCCUUUGAGUGAGAAUGCUGCAUCUUUCUACAUAUCUUUCCUGAUAAGACCGAGGAUUGGAUUUUCCUUUUCAAAAUGCACUUUGCUUCUUUUGUAUGUUUUGUUAUGUUGAGAUGUUUCUAAAGAAAAGAUUUUAUGUAAUUAUAAGAUGAAGUGUAGUGACCUGUACAGCUGUUGUAAUAAUGACCUAUUUCUAUAUAAAAUAAAAAUUGUAUGGAUUAUGUGUAAAUUAUUUUGUAUCUGAGACACCCAUUCUUUCCCAAAUAUAAAAGUACAAAAGUUUUCUUGUGUAUUUCUGUGAGUGGACAUUUUGUAAUAAAUUAACAAAUUUGUACGAUU